AUGACAAUGUUGAACAAUGUUUUGGAGCAGUGGAAGGGUAUUCCAGGCUUUGACAAUGAAUUCUUCAAGUACCUUGAGAUGGGAACAUAUAACCACGAGAAGAAGAUACUCACAAUGACAAUGGUCGUACCUCAAGAACUGUGUAAUGUUCUGUCUACACUACAUGGCGGUGCAAUGGCCACUCUAGUUGAUGUUGUAAGCUCUAUUGCUAUCAUUGCUUCUGAUCCAGAGAGGAUGCCACCUUCGGUGAGCGUUGAUCUGUCAGUCAGCUAUGCAGCAACAGCACCAGUUGGCGAGAAAAUCACUAUAGAGUCCACAGUGCUCAAGAUUGGAAAGAACUUGGCAUUCACAGACACUGCCAUCUAUAACAAUCACAACAAGAUAGUAUGCAAAGGAUCACAUACCAAGUUCAUCCAUCGCAAGGCUGCACUGUAG